GCGUCCUCUCUCUCUCCUCCCUCCAUUUUUCUAUUUAUAGAGACCCAAACAAAUCCCCACUUCCCCAUUUUCACAAACAGAAGAAGAAAGGAAAGAAAAGAAGAAGAAAAAUGGGGCGGCCUCCAUGCUGUGACAAACAAGGUGUCAAGAAAGGACCAUGGACUCCCGAGGAAGAUAUUGUUCUCGUCUCUUACAUCCAAGAACAUGGCCCUGGAAAUUGGCGAGCUGUUCCUCCCAAUACUGGGUUAUUGAGAUGCAGCAAGAGUUGUAGGUUGAGAUGGACCAAUUACCUCAGGCCGGGGAUCAAGAGGGGGAAUUUCACUCACCAUGAGGAGAAGAUGAUUAUUCACCUCCAAGCCCUUCUCGGCAACAGAUGGGCGGCGAUAGCUUCAUACCUUCCACAGAGAACAGACAACGACAUUAAAAACCAUUGGAACACUCACCUCAAGAAGAAGCUCAACAGCAGCCUCCACCGCUCUCCGGCCGCCGCUCUCUCCGCCGCCGCCUCCGCCGCUGCCGACGGCGGUCUUUUCACAUCCAGAGGCCAGUGGGAGAGACGCCUCCAAACCGACAUCCACAUGGCCAAACAAGCCCUCUCCGACGCCCUCUCGCCGGAAUCCUCCAAGCCGCCGCCGCCGCCGCUGCCGCCGGCGGAGCCCAAAUCGCCCCAUGAAGCUCCGGCGUACGCGUCCAGCGCCGACAACAUCGCACGGUGGCUGAAAGAAUGGAACAAAACCACCCCGCCAAAUUCGGGCCUGGCCAGCUCGCCGGCGAACACGAAUUCCGGCAAUUGCGGCGGCGGAAGAGCUAAUGAGGUGGAUUUGUCUGAAUCGUUUCUGGGUUUUGAUUCCUUUGAGUCGUCGAAUUCCGAUCAGUCGCCGGCGACGAGCGUUUUUCAAGGGGAAAGUGAGAUGAUGGAUGAGAGUAGUGUGGAAUUGCUGCCGAUGGAAGUGCUGGAGAAAUGGCUCAAUGAAGAUGGGAAAGAUUAUUGCUUUAGUGAAAUUUAUGUAGAUGAAAAAUUAAAGUAUGAUCUUUUAUGAAUUAUAUAUGAUGCCUCAUAUUUUUGGUUUCA